AUUCCUCUUUAGACAUUUACAAAGUGAAGUCAAGCAGCGUCUGGUCUUCGGAACAGUCUCCAACGAGCAGCAACAUGAACAGCUUGAGCCCACAAGCGCUUGUUCAGAAAUCUCAGGAAGCCAAAAAUUUCGCGUACUGUCCCUACAGCAGUUUCAGAGUCGGGGCGGCUGUUUUAACAAGCGAUGAAUCUGUCUUCACAGGUUGUAAUGUAGAGAAUGCAUGCUACAAUCUUGGAGUGUGCGCUGAGAGAAUGGCUAUCACCAAAGCUGUGUCUGAAGGACACAAAACAUUCAAAGCCAUCGCAAUUGCCAGUGAUCUUGAUGACCAAUUUAUUUCCCCAUGUGGAGCCUGUAGGCAGGUCAUGAGAGAGUUUGGCUUACAGUGGGAUGUAUAUAUGUCAAAGGCUGAUGGGACUUAUGACAAGACGACAGUGGAAGAACUUCUUCCAUGUUCUUUUGGCCCUGAUGACCUAAGAGCAAGAAAAAGUAGCCCGACCAAUGACAAAUAGUUUUAUAGAGACAUUGCACAUGGUGUUGAUUUCCCUUAGGAAAAUGAACCAGGAUUUAAUUAUAUUAAAUGUCUAGUAUGCAGAUUUUUUGACAGAUUACAACAAAUAUCAGAGUAAAACUAUGAUUACUGCAGUUACACGAUGGUAAAUUUGUGGUUAUAAUGGCUUUUUUCUACAAAAUACCACUGUUGAAAAAAUUCAAAUCUUAAUGUUUCUAUUCAAAUACUAUACUAAUCGAACCAUCAGAUGUUUACCAUUAAAAUAGUUGCAAAAAUCACUCCA